CGGCUUUUCCUCCUCUUCUCUUCCUGUUCUCAAGUGAGGUGGACGUGUAGUGUCAGACUGUUUAGUUUUAUAAGUUACUUUAUAAAUAUAUAGACAGAAAUUAUGGCUGCAACGCAAGACUGUCCUAUGGAAAAUGGAGAAGACUUUUCAAAAGAUGAAUUCCAGAGUAACGAAUUAAAUGGACAAAACGGAGGCGGUGACGCUCCACCCGCAGACAGUGGUAGCGCAGAUACACCCGGUCGUGAUGACGAUAGAAAAUUGUUUGUUGGUGGUUUAAGUUGGGAAACAACAGAUAAGGAACUAAGAGAUCACUUUGGUCAAUAUGGUGAAAUUGAAAGCAUAAAUGUAAAGACUGACCCAAACACUGGCAGAUCCAGGGGAUUCGCCUUCAUCGUCUUCAACAAUGCUGAAUCGAUUGACAAAGUCGUCGCAGCUGGCGAGCACAACAUUAACAACAAAAAAGUUGAUCCAAAAAAAGCGAAAGCCCGCCAUGGAAAAAUUUUCGUGGGCGGACUAACCACAGAUCUCACUGACGAUGACAUCAAAAACUAUUUUGGCCAAUUUGGAACAAUCAUUGAAGUUGAAAUGCCAUUUGACAAGACAAAGAAUCAAAGAAAAGGAUUCUGCUUCAUCACAUUUGAAUCUGAACAAGUAGUAAACGACCUCCUGAAAACACCAAAGCAAACUAUUAAAGAUAAGGAAGUAGAUGUUAAGAAAGCCACACCCAAACCCGACCAGAUGGGAGGCAUGAGCCGUGGCGGGAGAAUGAUGGGCGGUCGUGGCGGCGGUACCCGCGGUAGAGGAAGGGGCGGCUACGGUGGCCAAAACUGGAACCAGGGUUACGGCGGUGGUGCCUACGGCGGUUACGGCCAAGGCGGCUACGGCAGCGGCUACGACGGUUAUGGCGGCAGCGGCUACGAUUACUACGGUGGCGGCGGAUAUGGAGGCUACGGCGGAUACGAUUACUCCAACUACGGCAACUAUGACCAUGGAUAUGGUUACAACGAUGGAGGAUAUGGUGGCGGACGCAGUAGUAGCAACCGCGGAAAAGGUGGAUCCAGUGGCGGCGGCGGCGGCGGCUACCAAGGAAAACAAAGAGGUGGUGGCGGCGGUGCCGGCGGACGCAACCAAAGGCAUCAACCCUAUUAAUUGUAGAUGUGAUUAUGUAUUGUUCAGAUGUUCUGUCUUCAUCUUUAAGGGAAUUUUUCCAAUCAUUCCAUUUUGAUCAACCAGUCGGCGUUAUUUGGAAAAUAUCAUCAAUACACGUACAAAAAAACCUUUUAUGUUUGACAUAAAUACAAGAGUUAUUUUUAUUUUUUGAUAUUAAUGAUAUAAAUUUUUAGAGUAACUAACAAAAACCUUGUCUUCAGAAGUAAAGUGAGCAAUUUAUACCUUUCUGUAUUAUGUUUAAUGAUUUUAUUUAAAAAUAGUAUAUUGUAAUCAUAGUUCUAAGUUAAUGUAUUUGUAUGAGUGAAGGAGGCGUUGUGUACUUCCAUUGUAUGACAUAAAUCUUUAAUAAAAACAAAAGUUUGUGUAUAUAAUCUUUAUUUUCUUUUCAAAGUUUAACCGCAGAUUUAUUUUCAGAGUAGCAACUUGUGGGAAGAACACUAAGAUUAAUUUUAAUUCUUCACUAGCAUUGAAUUAAAUUUACUCUUAAGUUUUAUUAUCAUUUGCAGUUUGCUAUGCUUUGCUGUUAAUAUAUUGGAACAUUACAAUUAUGAAUCGACAAAAAAUGAUGGCUUGGAUUUUUUUAAGUGAAUGAUUGAUUUUGUUUUCGCAGGUAAAUCAGAGGAAUCCGGAUCUCACCGCAACCGGAAUAACCAGGCGUCGUAACUUCGUUUCGGCUCUUCAUGUUAAUUUCUUGGAUAUUUCAAGAGAUGCCCGUAUAUAAAAAAAAAUAUAUAUAACUAUUAUGAAAUGUUUUAUUUAUAAAAAUAUUUUAUAAACUUAAUAUAGGAUUUAUAAAAGUGUAGUUUUUGUUUUAAUUUUAUACUAAUAGUUGUGAUGCACUUUGAUUUAAAUAGGUCGUGAGCGGUUCAAUCUAUUCAGAAUCUAAAUAUGCCCAAACAGUAUAUUAAAUUUUACUAAUAUUUAUUGUUUAACAAUCUUAAAAAUCUAUUUAGGCAUAGUUUGCUCCUGAAGUUUAAAAUUGUAACGCGCAGUAAUUAAAAUCUACUUAAAUGUCUACCUGUAGAAAGUUAGAAUACAUAAUUUUUAUAAAUGCCUAUAUAUUUUUUUGCGUUACAUUGCUUUUUCAGUAGAUUAUGUAUUUUGUUUUCGACCUAUUUAAAUGGAGUAUAGGUUGUUUAUAUUUUAUUAAGCAAUAAGCAUACAUUAUUUUCAUAUGAAUUUUGUGAUGUACUUUAUAAAUAAUAUACCAAUAAGUAUUACCAA